AUGAGUGAAGCAUGGUUAUUUGUAUUUGCUGUGGUUGUCAAUGCCAUCAACUUGUUUUCUCAAGUAUUCUUUACCAUCAUGUAUUCCGAUUUGGAAAGUGACUAUAUCAACCCAAUUGAGUUAUGUAGCAAGUUGAACCCUUGGUAUUUACCUGAAGCCGGGAUCCAUGCGUUCCUCACGGUGAUGUUUUUGCUCAAUGGGUGUUGGUUCACGUUCUUGAUGAACUUGCCCUUGUUGGCCUACAACGUCAAUAAGUUUAUUAAUAAGAAUCAUUUGUUGGACGCUACAGAGAUCUUUAGAACUUUAUCCAAACAUAAGAAGGAAUCGUUCGUCAAGUUGGGAUUCCAUUUGUUGAUGUUUUUCUAUUAUUUGUAUAGAAUGAUUCUUGCCUUGGUCCAAGAUUAA